AUGGGCGGUGAUGGCCAGGCACUUUCCAAUAAGCGGAAGCUUCUUGAUGGGUCCAAGGUCUUUCUCACGGCUGAAGAGCUGAGAACGGAAGAAUGCAGGGAAAGCGAUGUGUCGCGAAGGGAGAAGGAACGGCGUGCACAGCAGUGGGCACAUUGCGCAUUAUCACUGGAGCCGUUGGAAGCCCCCGUAGUAUUCGAUCUCCGCGGCCGUUUGUACUCAAAACGAGUUGUGUUGAAUGAAAUACUGAAACGAAGGAACCGCCCCACAUCAGCAGAGAAGGAUACAAAUGAAGAUGGCGUGAUAACAAGGCUUGCCGAUGUGCGUGAAAUUUCAAACAUUGAGGAAGCUGAAAAGGUGCAUAUUCGAUGCCCUUUGACAGGCUUCGACGCUUCGUCUGGCCUUCACAAGUUUGUCGGUUUUUGGGAAUGUGGGCAUGUUGUUUGUUCCUUGUCUUACUCAAGUGAACCGAUGAAUGCGUUGAAUGCGGCGAAGGGUUCUCCUCCUGCAGACGAGCAGACGGCGGCGUCAUGUCCGUUCUGCGGUGAGAGUAGCUUCGCUGUUCCACUCGCCUUGGGCCGCGAGGAGGAGGAAGAAGCACAGUAUCGUCGAUUGCGUCCACUGCAACGUGCGUUCAGAAAACGUAAGCGGCCCAGGGAUUAA